AUGGGCCGAGCAAAGCCUUUCCUCGGAGGAUGCGGGGAAGGGAGAACUGCCGCCCUCCUGCCCCGGGACCCGGCCGACCCCACCUGCAACGGCGAGGGGCUCUGCAGCGUUGGGUGGGUGAGUCCCGGCGAGCCGACCCGCGGAGCAGCCUGUCCCCUCCUAGUUGGCCGAGGCCGGGCGUCCCGCAGCACGCAUCCUGCGGGCGAGAGAAAGAGGCUGCGAUUUCACCUUCUUACUCCUCCUCGCCAGAAUAAAGCAGCCGUAAUCUUGUUGCUAUUUUCCCCUCGGGCGCAGCGGGCUUUGUGUUCCCUCCCCGCCACCUCCAAAAAAACUUUUAACGCCCCCACCCAGCCCCCACCCCCCCGAAAAAAAAACCCCCACACCAAAACCCUCCCUGGGCAGGGAGGGGAGGGCAGGGGUGAAGCGGUGACGUCAGGGCGGGGCGGGGGGGGCGCCGGUGGGAGCGGGAGCCCCGAGCGAAAGUUGGGAGGAAGAAAGAGCGGCGGGGCGGGACGGGCCGCGCGUGGGAGCGGAGCGGAUCCGCCGGUACCGCCCGCCCCGUCCCGUCCCGUCCCGCCGGGCCAGGUCUGUCCCAUCCCGCCGCGGGGUCCGGCCCGGCUCCGCGCCGCCAUUUUACCUCCGCCGGGAGCGGCGGGAGCGGAGGGGCCGUGCGGGGGCCGUGCGGGACCGGCCCCGCCGCCGCCGCUGCCCCGGUACCCGCGUCCGCCCCCCCGGAGCCCCUCGGCCCCCAGCCCCGGCGCUCCCGGCAGCCGUGCCCCGCCGCGGGCAGCGGGACCUGCCGGGACUGCCGUGCCUGGAGACUUCCCGAGGAAACGCUCUGCUUUUUCUUUUUCCUUUUUUUCCCCCCCAUCUAACAGAUCGCCAGCCGCCGUUCGACCCUCCCUGCCCGGCCGGCCUGGUUUUCCUUUCCCUUUUUUAUUUUCCCCUUCCCUUUCUCUCUCUCUCUUUCUCUCUCUUUUUUUUUUUUUUUUUCCAGGAGAAUUUUCCACUUUUGCAAUUACUGCUCUCGCCUUUGUAAUUAGAGGAGAGGAGCAGCAGCGCUGUGAGGUGCUCGGCGCGUUCCCCUCUCCCCCAAAGCCCUGCCCUCCUGCAGGCGCAGACCGCCCCCCCUUUUCCCGGCCCGCGGCCGUGGGACCUCGCAGCCUCGGCCCUCGGCAUGGACUUAGGCACCCUUUGAAGAUUUCUCCUUUAAAAUCCGCACAGGAUUAUUGUAACUAGCAUUUUUUUCUGCGUCUGUUUUUUUUUUUUUCCUUCUCUCCCCACACUUUUUUUUUUUAACUUCCAAACAAAAAGAAAAAAAUGGGCGUAAUAUAAAAAUGGUUAAAAAAAGAAAGGUAAGUAACUAUUAUACAUGGCAAGGUGCGGGUUUUUUGUUUAUUUUUCCUAAUUAAAAUAAUUUUCACCUUUUUUACAUGAUCUCGUGCCUGGGUAUUGAUUUGUGUUAAACAGCAACGUUUGCUUCCCUUUCGUAUUUUGUUAGGUGUCGAAAGCAGAAAGUGCUGAGUUAGAGACUCCAGUAUCGUCUCGUUGUAUUAAUAUCUGGGCUGCAAACUACCUUUUUUAAUACCCAGAAAAAUGCUUAAAGUCCUCUUGUCCAGUUCGGUCUGGAACUGAAGAGAUACACAAAUCCUGACGUCUUAGACUACAAUGCUUUUGCCUUCGGGACACUUAAUGCCUAUUUGUAUAUGUAGAGACAGUGUUUGAAACCUAUAAUGCACAGGACACUGAGUUAAGUGGAGCUUUUCUAGUUUAUAAACAAUCUGCAAAAAGUUUGGAAUCGAUUUAACCUCUUUUAUGUUGGCCUUUUGCAUAAGGCACAGCUUCAUAUGGCAGGAUUAAAAAAAAGGCUUUCUGGACCUCGCCGAAGUCUCUCUGAAACUGGAAGACGAAUAUACACCUUUCCGUACGAGAAAGCCUUUGAUUAUAAAUAUGGGAAAACUGUCAUGCAACCAGACCCGCUCGAAAAGCCUUCAGAAAAGAACAGGGGGGGUGAAAGCUUAGCGCAUCCUGACGGGCUUUUUAAAUGCUAUUGAUUGGGACAAGCUGUUCAAAACCCCAGUAACAGUUAAUCUGCCUGUUAAUCAAGCCACUAAGGAGCUCAAUGCGAGUUUUAUUAGCAACUGGAGAACACAGGCAGCAGAAAGGAUCAAAAGCCUACACCCUUGAUAUUUGUAAAACCAGCCUUUCCCAAAAAUAUAUUUUCAAUUACAGAGUAAUUCGGAGCUUAUCAGGGCUCGCUCGCAGCCCCACGCAGAUGGUUCCGCAGGCGCUGCCAAAGCCACGAAUCCAAAUGAACCAGCAUCGCGCUGGCCCCGCCGAGGUGCGGGGGUUAAAAAUAACGCGUUAAGGGGGGGGUCCAGCUCUCGCCUCUCUCCAGCCUCGGACUCUCCUGGCCUCCCGAAUUAGCAGCAAAACCUAAACUUGGCAAACCACGAGGAACCGAUAGAGAAACUCCUCAGAUUCACGUCAAUUGUGUUCUUAGGCUGAGGGGUCGAGGGCUCUUUUUCUUUAUGCUGGCAUAUUUGAUUUAUCGCGGCAAGUUUGCAGGGCACGUUUCUCUCUGCCCAUCCUUUCGGUGGAGCCUCUCAUUUAAUUGCUAAAAAAAAAAGUUUAAAUCGCAAGAUUUGUAAUUUGGAGAGCCUAAAAGUUGAAUUUCAAUUAAUUUAACGACCAGGAAUAUUAUUAUAUCGGCUAAAAUCAACAUUUGAUCUUGUCAUUUUUAAUGCAAACCGAUUCCUUUAUAUGUCAGCGAGAUAUGCAUAUAAAAGACUAUCUGGUCAGAGGUAAUUAUGUCACAGCUUUUUCUCGGCAUGACAGCUGGAUAAACACCAUCUCCAAUAAACAUCUCUAAUUAGGGAGGAGGAUCUGAGAUAGAUGGUGUUUGAUUUAUUACUGAAGGAGAAUGUCCAUUUACCGGUAUAUUAUAGUGAAGCAUCACAGGGAGCGUUCCCGCUAACGCACCGUAAGGAAUAUUUGGAGAUGCUCGAAGACAGCGCUACUUUCCUACUUGAUCUCCGAUGACGGAAAAGCUGAGCUCUGGAGGAAGUGCUGGGAGCCUGGUCGGAGUGUGAGCCACUGUCUGGUGGGAAAGAUCCUGCCAAGUGACCUGGUCUAAGCUGUGAGGGGUGUAAUCCUGCAAGUGUUUGAUCCAGUGGCUUUGCUUACACUGUGGAGGUAACUCGUGCGUUAAAAGCUGAAAUUCAGUAGAAGUUGAUGAGACCACCGUGGAGAAAUGCUGGUUCACCACACUGGCUAGUACCAGCUUGAUCUGGCUCCAGCUCCGGGAUGUGCAGCCUACAGACACAGUAAUGAAAAGAAAUAUUCUGAAAAGGAUGAGUCAGCUGGAGGCCAGUGGGGAGAGCAUGUGGGAUCUGACUGGAAUUUAAAAAGUUAUGAGGCUACAUGUUGUUUUGAGCUCUGCCAGUGGAGAGAAACCCAUACACGCAAAACGCUUUGUCAUCUGACAUAAUUAUGUUACUUUGCUGAUUAGCUCAUAAACUCUUUUCAAAAACACUUUUAGACAAUAAUAAGUUCAUGGAAUAUAAAAACUUCCUGCUGAAGCCACCGACAAGGGCCUGCUUUACAUGUUACUGAGAACUGUCUUUGCCAGAACCCCACCAGACUGUUGAAUGGCCACGAAAUUUUUCUCUUACAUUGUAUUAGAUGAUUUACCCACUAAAACAGUUGAGGUAUCUUCACACCUUCACUUCUGUGCUGUAAGUACCUCUAUGCUGAUGUGAGCUGUGAAUAAAUCCACACUGGUAGCGCAAUCUGCAUUUCUCCACUUGAUUUUUUGUACUUUUGCACUGAUUGGGACAUCAGCAGUUUGGCAUGAUGCUUCUUCACUUGCUUCUCCAGCCAGGUACCAACAUGUCCUCCCUGGCUUCUUUGGGAAGCAGUGCCCAGCAUUCAUAUAAUUUGCAAGGCAGAUAACUUUCAAAUGUAUGAGGUUUCAGCUGCAAGGUUCUAUAAAUAAAUGACAUCAGAAUUA